AUGCCGAAGUACUUGUCACCCAGCGUCAGCACUUAUCUGCACUGUGCCAAGGGCCUUCUGUGUCGUAUGACAUGGGGAGCUGGCCAGGACAAUGGUACUGCUAUGCCCACCACCUCCGUCAGCGCCGCCCCGGGUGCCGCUGUGGACGAGGAGGAGCAGCAAAAGCCCGGGAAGGUGGCGGCAGAGCUACUGCAGGCAUUGAAGCUUAUUGGGCCGGACAAAGGCGCCCUAGCCAGUGCUCAGCUGCUUGCUCUUCGCUUGACCGCCGAGGGCAAGGUGGGUCUAAGCCCAGCGAAUGUGAUUGCUCUGAAUCUGUUCCUCUCAGAUGCCACCUUCCACAGUGAGGUCAACACGGCCAUGGUGUCGCAGUUUUCGCAGCAGCCCCUACCAGCAGUGCGCGAGCGUGCUGCCGAUAUUUACGCGGCGCAU